GUGGACCAGUUGAACCAAAGAGGAUGCGCCUUGGGGCCGCCAUGUACGAUAUCACCGGCCCUGCCGCAGAGGCUGGCAUGUUUGGGUAUGCACAGAUCCACCAAGCGACCACUGGUAUCCACAUGCGCCUUCGUUCGCGAGCGUUCGUGUUCCACGACGACAGCACUUCGGUUGCCGAUGACGAGACCAAGCACUUUGCCUUCGUCAGUGUCGACACUGGGUGCAUCUCCGAGUUGAUCACGCAGUCUGUGAUCGCGCGACUGCAAGCGCACGACGACGUGUUCCCGUCCUCGACGUUUCAGACACACAACGUCAUGCUGAGCGCGACGCACACGCAUUGCGCGCCAGGUGGGUUGUCCGAAUACCCGCUGUAUAGCAUGCAUCCUCCAUUAAAGGGGUUUGACAAGCAGAAUUUCGAGUGCGUCGUGGCCGGCAUCGUGAAGUCCAUCGUGCGCGCCUACCGCAACCUCCAGCCCGGCGUGAUUCGCGUCGCACGCGGCGAUUGCCUGGGUGCAUCCAUCAACCGAUCGGUCGAAGCGUACAAUGCCAACCCCAUCGAGGAACGGCAACAAUACGCACACAACACGGACAAGGAGAUGACGCUGUGGCGGCUCGACGGAACGGACGGGUUUCCUAUCGGCAUGAUCAACUGGUUUGCUGUGCAUCCCACCAGCAUGGGCAGUUGGUUUACGUUGAUCACGGGUGACAACAAGGGCUACGCGUCGUACGAAUUUGAGCGGGAACGGGGUACCGUCCAUUUGAUGGACCGGCCGCGCUGCUUUGUAGCGGCAUUUGCCCAGAGCAACGAAGGCGAUGUGAGCCCCAAUAUCUUUGGGCCCCGCACGUCCGCCAACGAGCACCACGACUUAGAGCGCAUGGAGAUCGUCGCCGAGGCGCAGCUGGAAACGGCGCGGCACCUGUACAUGUCGGCGGCGACGGCGGCGCCCGAGGCCACGUCCGCCAUCCGAUGUGUGCAUCAAUAUGUCGACUACAACUCGAUAGCCCUGGGCACCAAGUGGCACGUUCACAAGGAGUGCUCGCCGUCGACGUCGUCCGGGUGCAUUGGGGUAUCGAUGCUGAGCGGGACGCACUUCGACGGCCGCGGCGUACGGCUGAUCCCGGAGGGGCUGCAGUGGGGCGCCAAAUGCUGGUUCACACUCAUGCCACAGACGCAGUCGAUGCAGAAGGAGAAGCCCAUCAUCUUCCCGACGGCGUCCACGGGCAUGUCGCCUUCGAUCCUGCCGCUGCAGCUGGUCGUGCUCGGGCCGUCGUUGGUGCUGGCGGCGAUGCCGUUUGAAACGACGACGAUGGCCGGACGGCGGCUGCGGCGGUCGAUUGCCGCCGCGUUGGAGCUGCCGACUGCCAACACGGUGGUGCUGGCGGGACUUGCGAAUGCCUACUGCGGGUACAUGACGACGCGCGAAGAGUAUGCGAUCCAGCGGUACGAAGGGGCGUCUACGCACUUUGGACCCAACCAACUGGUGGCCACACAGCAGCAGUUUGACGAGCUCGCGACUGCCCUCCGUUUACGAACGUUGCCGCCGUCGGCCCCCCAGCCGCACAAGGUUAGCACGUCCAACUGGCACACGCCCGUGCUCCACGACAGCGCGGGGGGCGCUAGCUGGAGGUUUGGCCAGGUCGUCGUGGACGAAGAGAGGCAGUCGUUGGGGCCAGGGGACAUAGCGCAAGCUGUGUUUUGUGCUGGCCAUCCCAAGAACGACCUGCGCGUUCAAAGUACAUUCUUGGAGAUCCAGCGGUGGCGGUCCUUUGCCGGGUGUGGGUGCGGAAGUGGCAGUGGGGGUGUGUGGGUACUGCAUGCCGACGACAGCGACCCGCAGACGUUUUUCCACUGGAAACGAAGUGGGCUGUCGGCGUCGUUGGUGACGAUUGUGUGGCACAUUCCACCGUCGACGCCCCCGGGAAGGUACCGCAUCAAGCACAAUGGACACUACAAGCAGCACUGGAACAACGACGUGGUGGUGGCCUACUGCGGCGUCUCGCGGGCAUUUGACGUGGACGAAGUAGCUAAGGGCUCGACGAAGCCAGUGGGCGACACGUUGGCCGAGACGCUCCAAGAGACGAAUGUGCUGUAUCGGGUGCCGGAGCCGACUACGGUGAGGAUGGGGCAUGCCGACGAGAAGGAAGAGGCGGAGAUGGAUUGGACGUCGCCGUCAUUGAAGCGGCGCAUGACGGGGGGCCGGUGGCCGUCGGGGAAGUGGAAACAGGAUGGCUAAGACGAAUCCAACGAGAUUAUUAUAUACAAAGAAAGGGGGUGUAUUUGUGGUGGUAUAU